AUUUUCAAUGAUUAGCCCAACAGGUGUAGAGUAUAAAUUGGUGCGCUGACGGCUACUUCAUAUCAUUCACUUCUUGCAAUCUCAGAGACAAAGAACCCACCUGAGUUCCAACACCAAUAAGCAUAUUUUCAAAAAUGGCAUUCAAGUUUGUAUUCGCAUUCGCCUUCGUCGCCGUGGCCAGCGCUGGUUACAUACCAGAUGCUCCAGUAUACCACUCCGCACCAGCCGUCGCCGUGCACGCAGCACCUGUGGCCGUCGCUCAAAAGGUCCUUGUGAAAUCAGAGGAAUACGAUUCUCAUCCUCAAUACAAUUUCUCUUAUGGCGUUGAUGACAAAGUGACUGGUGACUCCAAGAGCCAAGUGGAGGAACGUGAUGGAGAUGUUGUCCGCGGUGAAUACUCCCUAAUCGAUGCUGAUGGUUACAAACGCACUGUCCAAUACACUUCCGAUGAUGUCAAUGGUUUCAACGCUGUCGUGAGCCGCGAACCUCUUGUGAAAUCUGUUGCUGUUGCUCCAGUUGCUCACUAUGCUGCCCCAGCUGUAGUCAAGACCGUUGCUCCAGUCGCCCACUACUCAGCUCCAGUUGCCCACUACUCUGCCCCAGCUGUUGUCAAGACUGUAGCCCCAGUUGCUCACUAUGCUGCUCCUCAGGCCCACUAUGCCGCUCCAGUGGCUCAUUACUCUGCACCAGCCGCUCAUUACGCAUCUUACCCUGCUCCAGCUGUGUACCAUCAUUAAUUCAUUUUCAUUAGAAUGAUCAGGAAGGAUUAAUAUAAUGUUCUUAAAUUAGUAAAAUGUUGUUAAUGUACAUAUAUAUUCAGUAUUGCUA